CGGCAUGUAUAAGUACUGCAUCAUUCCAUACCGCGGAUAAGGAUUCGUCCAAGCAGUUUCCUCAGACCCAAGCACGUCCUAUUGCUGAAAAGGUUACACUUUUAAACAGUGAGAGAUGAAGGUGGUUGCUUUUUCGCUCAUGCUCUUCGGACUUCUAAAGGUCGUCACUUCCGACUGUCCGAGUGUCACGGAAGCAAUGAGUACUUGCGCCAAGAUUCUGAAGAAAUCACUACUAUACGAUGACGCGUUCAUCUACUCCUUAAACGGUCAGGAGAAAGCUGACCUUAUGUGCUGUGUUUAUGAGGACAUGACUGACUGCAUAUUAAUCCGCAACACGGAAGGCAACUGUACCUAUUUGGCGGAUAUAUCUCCCGAAAAUGCUCGUGCCUUCCUCAUCGAGAAAAUCAAGCGCGCAUAUGGAGAUGUGCCCUGUGACGCAGAUGCGAUGGAAAGAUGCAGCGCCCUGAGAUCCCGCGUGGUCUAGUCGGAACUGACCGCCUUUCCUGUACAGAUAAUCAGCUUAUUAAAUUGCUGUUGUUGCAGA